AAUAUGGCGGACUUAUACUCUCCCCAUAGCGGCUUUCGCUGAUGUUCCUGCUGUCCAAUCACAGAGCGCGAUGUCCAAAAGUAGGCGGAGCAAUCUCGGCACGCGUUAGCGGUGUACUUCCGGUUGAGAACUCGUCCUCUGUGAGAAGCGCAACCAUGGGUAAUGUGUUGGCUGCCAGUUCUCCCAGUCCACCUCCACCAGUGCAAGCUGGGCCGGGGUUGGUUUCUGUCCCUGCUGGUUUCACCAUGCCGGCCGUGUCCCCAGUCUCUCCGGCUUCCUCUGGGAAAGAGGAGAGCGAGCCAGCGCUGCCCAACCCUGGAGCUUUUGAGGAGUUCCAUCGAAAAUGCAAAGAGGUGUUUCCCAUGCAGAUGGAAGGCGUCCGGCUAACGGUCAACAAGGGCGUCAGCAGCUUUUUCCAGGUCAAUCACACCAUCAUGCUGAGCACCAUGGGAGACUCCAGUUAUAGAUUUGGCGCUACAUAUGUAGGAACCAAGCAGACCGGACCUGCAGAGGCAUUUCCAGUUCUCGUGGGCGACAUGGACAACACGGGCAGCCUCAACGCACAGAUUAUUCACCAGAUAAGCAGCAGAGUGCGCUCCAAACUGGCCUUCCAGACGCAGCAGCAAAAGUUCGUCAACUGGCAAGGAGACGCCGAGUUUAAAGGAGAAGACUUCACAGCUACAGUAACUGUAGGAAACCCAGACAUGGUGAUGGGAUCAGGUAUUGUUGUAGCUCACUAUCUCCAGUCCAUCACUCCGUCCUUGGCACUGGGAGGAGAGCUGGUGUACCACCGCCGGCCUGGUGAAGAGGGAGCAGUGAUGUCUCUGGCAGGGAGAUAUACAGGUUCGAAUUUUAUUGCCACACUGACCCUCGGAGGAGCUGGUGCCCAUGCGUCAUAUUAUCACAAAGCCAACGAUCAGCUGCAGAUUGGUGUGGAGUUUGAAGCCAGCACUCGUAUGCAGGAAACAAACGUAUUGUUUGGUUACCAGCUAGACAUCCCAAAGGCCAACCUGCUCUUUAAAGGUUCUAUAGACAGUAACUGGGUCGUAGGAGCAACGCUGGAAAAGAAACUGCUGCCUCUUCCACUGUCUCUGGCACUUUGUUCUUUCCUCAACCAUCGUAAAAACAAGUUCCAGUGUGGGUUCGGCGUGACCAUCGGAUAAGUUGGCUGUUCAGAGUUGACGUGAACAGGGGCUGAAACUCUCACACUGCUGUUUUAGGAAUCAGCCACAUGUGGACACUCAUACAAAGUGCACCAUCAAUUUAUCUUUAUUUUUUUUAUAUAUAUAUAUGUAUAUGAAUGUGUCUCAGUCACUGUUUCUAUAUAAAGAAGAAUCCGGGAAGUAACUGCAGUAGUAUAUAUUUGACCAUUUUCCUGCAACGUCCAUUUCAUAAAUUAUUUUGCAAAGAAAAUGUAAAUCAGCUGAUUCCUGAAUGAAGAAAUGUUGAGUGGACGGUCUGAAAGGACAGUCUGCUAAUCAGUUCUUGGUUAUUUUAGGUAUGAUUGUAAUCUUGUUUGUUGUUUUUUUGUUAACUCUCUCUCUCUCUAUUAUAUUUUGAUCUAAAUUAAACAUUUAUUUCUUUUGUUA